AUGUAUGAAAUUUUAGUUUUGUUACCCUCUUCACCAGGUGUAUUUUAUGAAACAAUAUCCAAUGAUGUUGGAGCUCAAAUGGCAUUUUCUAAGGCUUCUCGAAUCAGUGAAACGGAGAAAACCAACCAACCUGAAGAAAAUGCAGUGUCUGAGCCACCAGUGAACGAAGUACCCAGCACAGACGAAUGUACGGGCCGCAAAAUCUCCGUAGCCAAAGCUAUUCCAGCCAAGGAUCCGGCCCCUAACGAUACCAUUCAGUCCGUUACUGUGACCCAGGACACAGCUUACCUCCAAGCUGCAAACUUCCUACUCGAACACCAUGCUUACACAGUGAGUUGA